UCGUCACAUGAUCCGGAAGUUGUUCUCCCCAAUGAGAUCCAGAAGUGCUGGUCCUGGGGCUCGGGUGUACGGGUGGAAGCGAGCCCUUUGGAGUUUUGCCUGCCGUUACGAUGGCGGGCGAGUUGGAGCGCUGGGUCUCCGGGCAGCUGCAUGCGCUGCUGGGACUAAGCGAGCGUCACGUGGUCGCCUUCAUGGUAGGCCUCGCCCAGCGCAGCCGCAGCCCGGAAGACCUGCUCGCCCGCCUCGAAGACACCGAGACGCUGCGCGUGACGGACCCUUCCGCGCGUGCCUUUGCGCAACAGCUCUGGGAGCGGGUUCCACACCAGGCCCCACGAGAGCGUCCAGCCAGGGCAGCUGAGCAGGAGGCUUUGGCCUUUCAGCAGAAGAACCGCUCCUACACUCUGCUGGAUGACAGCGAUGAUGAACAGACUGGGGAUGCGACACCAGCCCAGGGCUCCAAGCGUCAGCGUCCCCCACAGGGCCCUGAGAGCAAGCAGCGGAAGCGGCACAAACACCUGAGGCGGCGCAAGGAAGAGGAGGAGGACAAAGACUCGGAUGAGAAAGGCAGCGGGGAUGACAGGGGGCAGAAGCCAUCAGCAUCCCCCAAGAAGGAGGAAGAAUCGGAAGAUGAGUGGGACCGGAGCGAGCGAGAGCGGCUGCAGGACUUGGAGGAGCGUGACGCUUUUGCAGAACGUAUUAAACGCAAAGACAAGGAGAAGACACGCAACAUACUGGAGCGCUCAGACAAGAAGGCCUAUGAAGAGGCUCAAAAGCGUCUGAAGAUGGCAGAAGAAGACAAGAAAUUCAUGAUUCCAGAGCUCCGUAAAAAGUCCCGCUGGGAAUAUUUGGCCAAACGCGAAAAAGACAAGAUAGAAGAUCUGGAGGCGGAGAUUGCAGACGAGGAGUACCUCUUCUCUGAGCUGGAGCUGACAGCCCACGAGCAGCAGGAGCUGGAGUACAAACGCAAAGUGCGCGACUUGGCUAAGCAGUACAAGCAGGCUGGUGAGCAGGAGAAGCUGGAGAAGAGCAAUCGCUACUAUAUGCCUGAGGAGAGCCGCAGCAAGAAGAUCCCUGACCGCUACGAGGAGCCGCAGGCUGAGGAUCACUUGGCCCCACGAGAUGAGCAGCGGCGCUGGGAGGAGGAGCACAUUGGUGCCGCUGCCCUGCGUUUCGGGGCCCGGGAUGCCGGCCAGCGCCAUCCACGCAAAGAUUACGAAUACGUGCUUGAGGAGGAUGAGAUGAUCCAGUUCGUGAAUGCUAUGCAGAUGCAGGGCACGGCCCAAGACAAGACCCAGGAGGAGAAGCUGGAACUUUCGGAGGCAGAGCGCAAGAAGCUGUCGAUCCAGGAGGUCCGUCGUAGCCUGCCCAUCUUCCCUUACUGCACAGAUCUUCUGGCUGCUAUAGCUGAGCAUCAGGUGCUCAUCAUCGAGGGGGAGACUGGCUCUGGCAAGACCACUCAGAUCCCACAAUAUUUGUUCGAAGAGGGCUACACACAAAAAGGAAUGAAGAUUGGCUGCACGCAACCCAGGCGAGUGGCAGCUAUGAGCGUGGCUGCCCGUGUCUCUCAGGAAAUGGGUGUCAAGCUUGGAAAUGAAGUGGGCUACAGCAUCCGUUUUGAAGACUGUACCUCGGAGCGGACGGUGCUGAAGUACAUGACAGAUGGGAUGCUGCUGAGAGAAUUCCUCACGGAGCCUGACUUGAACAGCUACAGUGUCGUCAUCAUCGACGAGGCUCAUGAGCGGACACUGCACACAGACAUCCUGUUUGGGCUGAUCAAGGACAUUGCUCGCUUCCGGCCGGAGCUGAAGGUGCUGAUUGCCAGUGCCACCCUAGACACCGAGCGCUUCUCCACCUUCUUUGACGACGCCCCCAUCUUCCGCAUUCCUGGGCGCCGUUUUCCUGUCGACAUCUAUUACACCAAGGCUCCAGAGGCUGACUAUCUGGAGGCCUGUGUGGUAUCAGUACUACAGAUCCACGUGACUCAGCCCCGAGGUGACAUCCUUGUGUUCCUCACUGGCCAGGAAGAAAUUGAAGCCUGCUGUGAGAUGUUGCAGGAUCGCUGCCGUCGCCUGGGCUCCAAAAUUGCAGAGCUGCUGGUCCUCCCGAUCUAUGCCAACCUGCCCUCUGACAUGCAGGCCAAGAUCUUUGAGCCAACCCCACCGGGGGCCAGGAAGGUUGUUGUGGCCACCAACAUUGCAGAGACCUCUCUGACCAUAGAUGGCAUCAUUUACGUGAUUGACCCUGGCUUCUGCAAGCAGAAGAGCUACAAUGCUCGCACAGGCAUGGAGUCGCUCAUUGUCACUCCCUGCUCUCGGGCUUCUGCCAACCAACGAGCAGGCCGAGCAGGCCGUGUGGCUGCAGGGAAGUGCUUCCGCCUCUACACAGCCUGGGCCUACAAGAAUGAGAUGGAAGAGACCACGGUGCCAGAGAUCCAAAGAACCAACCUGGGCAAUGUGGUGCUUCUGCUCAAAAGUCUGGGCAUCAACGAUCUGAUCCACUUUGACUUCAUGGACCCACCGCCCCAUGAGACUCUAGUUCUGGCCUUGGAGCAGCUAUACGCCCUGGGAGCCCUCAACCAUCUUGGGGAGCUCACUAAGCUGGGCCGGAAGAUGGCGGAGCUGCCUGUGGAUCCCAUGCUGUCCAAGAUGAUUCUGGCUUCAGAGCAAUACAAAUGCUCGGAGCAGAUCCUCACCAUCGCUGCCAUGCUCUCUGUCAACAAUGCCAUUUUUUACCGACCCAAGGACAAAGUGGUCCAUGCUGACAAUGCUCGCAUGAACUUCUUCUUGCCUGGUGGGGACCACCUAGUGCUUCUCAACGUUUAUAAUCAGUGGGUGGAGAGUGGUUACUCCAUGCAGUGGUGCUAUGAGAACUUCAUACAGUUUCGUUCCAUGAGACGAGCCCGAGAUGUGCGAGAGCAGCUGGAAGGGCUGAUGGAGCGCAUUGAAGUGGACAUCACCUCCAAUGAUGGAGACUACAUCCCUGUCCGUAAGGCCAUCACUGCUGGUUUCUUUUAUCACACCGCCCGCCUAACCCGCAGUGGCUACAAGACUGUCAAGCACCAGCAAACAGUCUAUGUCCACCCCAACAGCUCCCUGUUUGAAGAACAGCCUCGCUGGCUUAUCUAUCAUGAGUUGGUCUUCACCACCAAAGAGUUCAUGAGACAGGUUAUAGAGAUUGACAGCACGUGGCUGCUAGAGGUGGCCCCUCACUAUUACAAGGCCAAGGAGCUGGAGGAUGCCUCUAACAAGAAGCUGCCCAAGAAAGUAGGAAAGACACGAGAGGAGUUGGGAUAAAGCAAGAACCUACCUGCCCUCUUCCCAUUAACGUUGGACUGCAGUGUACUCUGCAACCCUCUCACUCUGAAAAUUUUUGUACAGUUGUAUAGUUUUCUGUUGUCCCUUGCAGGCAGGGAAUAAAACUUUCUAAAAACACA